UGACAGUCACUUUCGUGAAAGGUGAAAAAAGAUUAGCAAGUUAUUCUGAUAGCAAGUGUGAAAAAUCGUAAAAAUAGUGCAAACUUGUGCGUAAAAAUGCGAAAUCAUCUAGUAAAAAUUAUUUAAAACUUCUACGCAUAUAUAAUCCCGUGAAAUCUGGUGCAAUCAUGAACUGCCACCAGAUUUUGAGUGGAGCUUGUAACGCUGGUGAUCGUUGUUUUGCAGUCGGAUCCGUCGAAGGAGUUCCAUUCACUGCAUAUGCUGCAGGAUGUAACAUUGUUAUAUUGGCUAGCAAUUUCGAGAGGGUUCAGAUAAUACCCGGCGCCGUUCAUAAUUACAUCCGCAUUUCGGCGUUGGACUGCAGUACUGAUACGGGUAAGAUAGCAGCAGCAUACGAGGACAAAGUUUGUAUCUUCGAACCGACACCGUUAAUUCACAAUGACCGAUCGUCUGCUCAUGGAUUAGAGUACAAGUGGGUUCAGACCGGUAGUCUGCAGACUACUUCGCAUAUUAGUUCAUUAUCGUGGAAUUUAGAAGGAACACGUUUACUGACUGGUGGAACAGUACUUCAGUUGUGGCACGAGCGUAUAUCUAAAGAUGAUGAUGAACCGACAUCUGUUAAGUUCGAAAUUGGAGGUGAUCGUGAUCCAAAAACACCGACAAAUGAAGAAGACACGGAUGCCACCUGGGAUUGUGUCUGGAAGUGUCACACUGCUACCCCCGUUCAUCAUAUGGCGUUUAGUCCAGAUGGGACUCUUUUUGCCACAUCCGGUAAAAGUGAUCGCUUAGUGAAAGUGUGGUACGAGAAUAAACACAUUUUGUUCCCAAACAAAAGCUUCGACCAAUCGCUUUCGCAGUCGAGCUUCAACGGAAUUCCGGAUGCCAGCUACGGGUUUGUAUAUGUCGCACAUCCCCGAGCAGUAACCCAUCUCUCAUGGCGCAAGACAAGCAAAUACAUGCCUAAGGGAUCUGUGUCCAAUAUGCUAGUAACUUCUUGUCUAGACAAUAUUUGUCGUAUAUGGGUAGAAACCGUUCUGCCGGAUGAUGGAUUAGUCAACAUGAACCAGUUCGAUCCCCUAGCAUCGCAGAAUCCAAAAUUUCGAACUCACCGGCAUAAGCACCGGUUCAUGCAACGGUUAAAGCAUAUGAAAACUUGUUUCCAUAUUAGACGCCAUGCUAAACAUAACGGCGCUACUGGUUUGAAUGGAAUGGGUGCCGGUUUCGGUGGACCAGGUGCCAGUACUGGUUUCGGAAACGCGCCUAUCCCGACGUUACCAUCAACAUACAGCGUGCAUGAUUUCCACUCUUAUGGUUACCAUGGAACUGGUAUGACCCCAGGAUUGCAUUUCCAUUUGGCUGCUUCUAUAAAUGCUGAGACCGAUAUACCGUUGGUACCGUCAAUGCAUACUAACGAUCCUUCCACACAGCCCAAUUUCAUUCUUCAUUGGCUCAACAACAAAGAGAUGCAUUUCUCUCUGCAAGCUGAAGGUAUAUUGCAAGAAAUGACUCGGAAAGUUAUUGAGAAAGAAGAUCUCUUAUCCGGUGCAAAUAGUGAAGGACAAUCAGAAGUAUUGCACGAUGAAGAUCUGAAUGAUGAACAUCGUAAACGUCCAAAAAUGAGACCGACCUUCUCUCAGGAGGAAAGUAACAGCGAUGAGAAUCCUCCAUAUCAGCCUAAUAGAUCACAAUCGAUUGGGGGCGCUUCGCAUGCGGGAAUCCCCAGUCAUCAGUCAUUGUCGAACACAACUUCGAUCAACUCGCUCGCCCAAGACGGUAACAAUAUUCAUGUAACCGAUUCCCUUGAUAUGAAAAUAGAAUGCCUUCUACGAGACUGGCAUCAUAAUCCGGACUUACUGUAUUCGAUUCACCCGAUUGAUGGAAGCUAUUUGAUUUGGGUAGUUGAAUGGUUAGACGAAUACCAUCCAGGAUCGUUUCGGCAAGCGCAGGUUUCAUUUUCUACAAGGAUUCCAUCAGCCUUUCCCUUGGGCGAUGCAAUGUCGAUGUCGACCACCGUCGCUUUAUACAAUACCAGUGGAAACCUUGGGUUCCGUGAUAUGAUAGUGCGUGGGCCAAAGCCGACAAAUGGAAACAGCAGUAUUGCACCCGACGUAAAUAGUGAUAUUGUUACUUCUUUACCCAGUGUAAUGGAAGAAAAUGAAGUUAAUGAGGACAAUGAAACUGAGAUCGACGAAGACCAAAAGGAAAUGAACAAAAAAACUGGUCAAGACACUGGAAAUCAUGAGCAUUCCUGUGAAGAGCCUGAUAUUCUUACUGCACCUCCGUCCCCAACAAUUUCAAUGGUAACGAAGCAUUCAAAUGGAACACUGAAUCUAUGGCAACUAACAUUCGCUGAUAAGAGUAAAUUUUCUCAAGUAUUGAGCAUUGGUCACGCUUCACGAGCUUCAGGUCAUAGAUUCAGAGUUAACGAUAUAACAUGCCACCCAGUAUUGCCUCUAUUACUGACAACCUCUCACCAUAACAUUCCUGACAUUCCGAACACGAAUACCAUCUAUCCAGGGAAACAGAUGAUGAAUGAUUCAGAGUCAAAAUUACACCGUCCGAAAGACGUAUGUACGCCAUCUGGAUUUUGCUCAGAAUUAAUAUUGUGGCGCGUGGAUGCGGUUGGUCCAUUAUCGCAGUCGGGAGGUGUUAAUGAGCUUGCAAGAAUCAAUUCGCCAGAAAUUUCUGCGUUCAGUAAUGUGGCAUGGAUUCCUACAUUAUUACCAAGCACUACGUUGGGGAAUUUGAGUAAUUCUCCUUCGGCAUGUUUCGUGGCAAGUGAUGGUGAAAGCCUGCGGGUUUACCAAGCUGUAAUCGAUGCUAGGACACUGUUGGCUGAGAUAUCUAGUUCUGAACGUCGUUUCCGUCGAAUGGAUUCGAUGGAAUCUUUAUCGACAGAGUCUUCGGAUCAACUUCCAGGUACACACUCAGCGCUUCAUGAUAAAAUCAAAAUAGUCUCACAACAGUCGACGGCACGACCGGGAUGUAUAAUACAGCUAGAUGCAAUAGACGAUGCCACUCACGAUUGGCAGAAUACUCAGUUGUUGCAUGUUUUCCAAGAACAACUGAUUACCGGCGAGCGCUCUGAAGAACCAAUGAUAAUAGGAAGCGAAAAUAAACAGUUUGGUCUAAUGGAUGGGCAAAUGGGAGCGAUGGUAGAUUUGCAAAGAAAUGCUCAGUUUGAAGAACCAUUCUAUUUAGUUGUAUUAGAACGAACAUCUAACGGAACAACAAUCCAUAUGUGGCGUAUUGUUAUUGCUUCACAACCCACUGCUCCAGAGGAAAUGAGCAGUAGUAUGAUGUAUGUUCCAGACAGUAAUUUGGUUCAGGACUUAGACGAUCCGGAAUACAUUCACCGGGCUUCGAUGGCUGGCAUACAGGUUCCAGAGGAUGUGAAAGUGCCAAUUGAUCACAGUCCGCAUGUGAAUAUUUCAACUACCAAAGUCUGUACGCAAGAGUUGCCAUUGCCUGACGGAGUUGACGUGAUACAUGCUGCUCCAGCUGCAGGACAUCUGAGUUCGUCAUCUAUCUAUCCAGCCUGUUUUGCUCCAUAUAUAUUAGUAACAGCUUGUUCGGAUUCAACCGUUCGUUUUUGGAAGUGCAAAGUUACCAAAAAUGCAAAUGGUAAGGAUAUAACGAGCCUUAGCUAUGAAUGGUGUGAAUGGGAAAUGAUAAGAAAAGAUCAAGAAUCGACGAUCGAUGUUAAUGGACAAUUGCUGCAUAUUAGUGCUGCGUACUCAGGUAGAAUCGCCUGCGCAUAUAAAUAUGGAAAGUCAUUUACCAGACCAACAAAAAGUAGUGACCCAGAGUCACGCUACGUAAAUUUAUGCGUGGCCAUUUAUGAAUGCGAAAGUACUGGUGGAAGUGAAUGGGUUCUGGAGGAUACCAUUCAUUUGAAAAAUAUUCAUUUACCUAGAAUCCAAGUGGAUCCUCACUUGGACCUGAGUUAUUUGUAUGACAAUAAGACGCUACAGAAAAAACAACGACUGAACCAAAUGCUUCAGACGUUAUCGCAUGAUGAUAACCGUUCAACUCGAAAUGGCGACAUUACUCCUGAGGCGCACGGUAAAUCGGGUUCAAGUUUACUUGCCGUACCAAGUUUUAGCACUUUACAAUCACUAAGAAAAAGUAUUACGGAGCAUGGCAACACUUGUCCAUUGACUCAAAAACACCUUGUACAACUUGACUGGGUCUCCAAGGAGGAUGGAUCACACAUUCUUACCGUAGCCGUUGGAAGUAAGAUAAUGCUAUUCACGCCUGUUUCGAGCGACAUCGCUCAAUCGAACAUGAAAGCAAUGAAAGAAUCACAAUCAACGAAUCGUCCGUUGCUUCGAAAAGCAAGUUCCUUAGCGCAACCUCAUUUUAACGACGAAAUACGAUGGAUGAAGUUGCGUCAAAUCGAACUACGAACAGCAGAUAGCUUACCUCCACUCCCGAUGCAAAUCUCUUGGGUGCGCGAUGGCAUAUUUGUUGCCGGGAUGGACUCAGAAAUGCAUGUCUACUCCCAGUGGAAACCCCAACUUAACACAAUCAAUCACAUGGAGGUUGAAGAUUUGUACGAUAAUCGGUACCUGAAGGAUGAAGAUUUGCGGACCCUCGCACAGGAUAACACACAAAGACGACUGGCGAAUGUGUCUUCAAUGCCAGUGCUAUCACGAGUCAGUUCUAUCAACCUUCAAAUGCUAUCUAACGACGGUAAAAGAAAAAAACCUGGCAGCUACAGUACUGGUCAACUUAACACUGGAAACGAACAACAUCAGCCUAUUCAUGAUUACUUGACUGAUUACGGUCUAUUCGAGGCAUCUCGUAUUGCUUGUCCUGUAUUACCACAGUACCAUCCGAAACAAUUGAUGGAAUUGCUCAACUCGGGUAAGAUUCGCUGGGUCAAAGCUAUUUUAGCUCAUCUAGUUCGCUGUAUCAGUGGGUCAUACACCGUGCGAGGAGGUGGUGACGAAGAGAACCUCAACAGACAGCGUGGUUGGUCUAGAUCUCGCACACUUUCUGUUAGCUGUCCAGCAGGCACUGUUAGUCCUCUCGAAGCGAGAGGAUCAACGACACAGAUCCCAGAGGAAUUGACAUUGGAUUAUGCAGAAAUUACAUCCAUUCCGCCGCUACCGCUAUGGACAUUAUUGGCCGCGGAUAAAGAGACAGUUGGCAUAACUACCCAGCCAAAUGAAGAAGUUAAGGACUACAACGAACUGUUUGAGAGUAAUGUGGUUGAUGAGUCAUUGGACGAUUUAUUAGAGGAAGAACCUGACAUUAGCAGACACAACGAUCGACGCUCUUCUCUGCCGGAGAAACACUAUCUGUCUCACUUUGGACCAAGACAGGGGCAGUUGCUCUCCCGUUUGCUAACUCAUACACAUCUACCAGGCCUUUCAUCGCUAGAUCAGAUGCACCUAUUGGCUUUGGCCGACACGGUAUCUACUUGCAAUACUGAUUUCGCAGAACGAUUUGCCAUCGAUGCAGCCAAAACUGCAAUUGCAAAAGAAAAUCUGACUGGUGUUCCGAGCAAUGAAAAUGUAUCAACCGAUUCCCUAGACGACUGCGGAUUGAGGUUUUUGCUUGCAAUGAAGCAUUAUAAUUAUUUACUACGUUGUUUACCAAUGGCACAGAGACAAACAUUUCAAAAACAGGGUGUAGGAACGGCCAAUAUCGUUUGGGCAUUCCAUUCGGAAAGUGAAGAAGAACUAUUGAAUCUGAUCCCAUCAUAUGCUAAGGGACAACCUAAAUGGCAUGUUUUGAAGGAACUCGGUGUUGGUUGGUGGUUGAGAAAUAAUAACCUUCUACGACAAUGCAUUGAACGUUUGGCGAAAGCUUCGUUUCAGGCAAAUCAAGAACCUUUGGAUGCUGCUCUUUAUUAUAUUGCUAUGAAGAAAAAGUCUGUAGUGUGGGGUUUGUUCAGAUCCAAAAGGGAUGAAAAAAUGACGUCGUUUUUUGCAAAUAACUUUAAUGAAGAUCGAUGGAGAAAAGCGGCCUUGAAGAAUGCAUUUGCGUUACUAGGAAAACAAAGAUUUGAACACGCUGUAGCAUUUUUCUUGCUUGCAAAUUCGUUGAAUGAUGCUUUAGAAGUUUGUUUAACGAAACUUCAGGAUCUUCAAUUGGCACUUGUAAUUACUCGUCUGUAUGAAGGUGAACAUGAUGCCACACCUCCGAGCUUCAAGAGGCUAUUGUUUGAAGAAGUUUUGGGGUGCGAUAAGAACGGUGACAAUCAAGACCUCAGUAGGGCCCAUCCCGAUCCAUUUCUGCGGUCGAUGGCUUUAUGGAUCCUCAAAGAUUACUCUGGCAGUCUAAGUACACUGUUGAAUAGUAACAUUGGAUGUAUGCAUCCAUUGUUUGAUGACGAGAAUGCUAUGUUUCACGGCGAGGGUUCGCAUGCUACCAAUCCGAACGUUUUUAAUUUCUAUGUUUAUCUAAGGACGCAUCCACUGCUUAUUCGGCAGCAUAUUGCUUCGUCAGCUCAGGAUAAGAAACGAGCCCAAGUGGUCUUGGCAGGGUUUAGCUAUGGUAGUGAAAUAACAUCUGCAACUAAGCCAAGUCUUGCUACCGACAAACAGAUUCAGCUAGAAGACUCUAUUACACCACUCGAGCGGCAGUUGUAUUUCACCACAGCACAUGCACACUUCAAGGCAGGAUGCCCAGCACUAGCCCUGGAUGUUUUAAGUAAAUUACCAUCAAAAGUCAUUGACCAGGAUUCAACUAGUCAACUACAGAGUCCAAGUGAAGCAAAACCACAAUGUAACUCAAUAGCUACGGGCAUUUUAGAUUGGAGCAGAAGUAGCCAAGGAGAUUCUGGCAAAGAAACAGCCAAUUCCAUUGAUUGGGGCGCUCCUGCCUCAUCAACUGCGGUGGAUUGGAGUACAGCGGGUUCAGGAGGUUUUGAUUGGGGUGCUCCAGUUAUGUCUCAACUUUCAAAUGGUCCAGAUGAGUUCAAACUGGAAUGGGACGAUGAGGAUAAGAACGAAGAAGAGGAUGACGAAAGUGAUGAAGGUAUUCAGUUGAAAAAACCAGACUCUGAAGAAACAAGUGCCGUGCAGGACGAAAAUCAAAACAAUACUAAAGGAAACUUUGACAUAAUGGCCCAACAGUUGAAAUUUAUUGCGUGCCUGAAAAUAUUAAUGGAAGAACUGUCAACAUUGGCCACUGGCUUCGAAGUUGACGGAGGUCAACUACGGUAUCAGUUGUACGUCUGGUUGGAACGAGAGGUCGAGGCACUGAAACAGCUUUGUAAUUACAGUAGUGGUGAUGCGGACAACACUGCGAUUGAAGACAAUACCAAUGCCGACGCCAUUGAACGAGAUACUCCAGUGCUUGCAAACAAAUUUCCACACGAAAAACCAACCCUACAUGAGAUUUUGAUUCAGGAGAAGCAAGAUUUUGAAGCCAAAGUUCAAAGAGCUGCGAGAAGAAAGCGUUGGUUGAAGACAAAUGAAACCCUUUUAAGAACGUUACUCAGUUACUGUUCCUUGCAUGGAGCGAGCGGUGGAGGGCUUGCAUCAGUUAGGAUGGAACUCGUCCUCUUACUUCAGGAGCUUCAGCAAGAGAAGACACAGCAGCAAUUGCUCAGUCCAUUGCCAUUCCCAACCACACUUCCACUGUUGAGUGCGUGUGUAGCCGGUAAUAAGACAGUUAUUGCCGAUCCCCUACGGUACUUACAGUCUCAUACACAUGACAUGCUACAAACUAUGGUUGACAUGCGAAGUCCACCUCAUGCCCAUCGUACUGCUUUUCCAAACGGAAUUUUUGUGCUGCGGGACCUUGGGGUGGCUUUAUCCGCGUGUAUCUAUCAGUCACUGUGUGAUUCAGAAUCAUUCAGUGUAAAACAAUCGACCGCAUCUGAAGGAUGUCACAGUCCAGGUAUGGAGACCAUAGCUAAACUCAACGCCAGCUGUCAGAGUACCCAUCUAAUGGCUAAUGCCACAGCACACCAGAGACGCAGAAAGUACUCGACCGACGAACCGCUAGCUGUAAGCACUCCUCCUUCAAAAUGGCCAGGUGUAACCAAUCUCCGGGCGCUUCUAGCACGUGAAAAAGACGAAGACACACCUCGGUUAAAUGUGCUGCUGUGUGAAUCUUUCGUUGCAACGUAUAUGGCAUUAUUUGUCUACGCACUGACGACCUGUGAUUGCCACAUUCUGUUCCGAUUAGCUGGUCAGAACUUUACUGAUUACACAUGGUCUACGCUGUACGGUGGAGGUGUGAAGAAGCUUCUCCGUAAAGCCACGUCCCAUGUACAGGCUGCUCAGCAGGUGAUACAAGCACAGGUUCAACAAGAAAGCCUUGACAGUCCCACGGCGGACGGAAGCGUCUGGGGUGCGGUUACUUCACUAACGAAACAACGGGUGAAGCUAAAUAUGAAGCUACUUGGCCAUUUCGGUGGACCGCAGGGUCCAGCGAACAUGAAGGAGGAUAAGCCAACAUACCGCGAGCAGUUCGUUCCGCCCGAGAUGUCAAUGGUGGCGUAUUUUCUCACCAAACCGGUGCCAAAGGGAGACCCAGACGAGGAUGAUUAUGAUUCAGCUGACUCGGCGGUAUCGGAUUUGGACGACGAAGAAGACGACGAGGACGUUUUCAAUGACCCAUUGAAUAAUGAUCCGAAAUCACAUCAAGCAUCUGCUGCUGUUAGAAAGCAUCGUAGGGAAAAUACGGAGCACUCCAAUCCCAAUUCAUACUCCUGGUGUGUCCUGCGACUGGCUCUCAUCAGAGUUGCUCAAAGCCAAUUGCAAGCAUUCAUCAAUAUAGCGGGAAUUGAAAUGCAAGAGCUGCCAGUAUCUAGUCCACUGGUUCAUGCUGUUCUUCGGAUUCUGUCAUCUUGGCAAGAGUUACUUCGGGAAGAAUUGGAAAACCGUGGUCCUGCGUCAGUUGAUUACAUUCCAGGCUGUUUUGUAGAAUCCGAAGCAAAAGGCCCCGCCAUUCUCAAGUACCGUUCGUUGUUGGAGAAAUCAAACACCCCAUUUUCCCCCUGUCUUUCAUCCGCUGCACCUUCUCGGCGUCUGUGGAACUAUUUGGUACGUAACGAAUUGGUGCAGGAUAUUUUCAUCCGAGCUGUAUUUGGGAAGAAGAAAACUCCACAACAUCAAACCGACGGAGCACUAGGAUCGAUAACGAACUCGGUCAAUGACUCUGGUACUCCUAUUGGAAACGAAUCAGCAUCUGCCGCUAUUAAUGGAGCUCACAAUAGCGUUCAAAACAUUCCAGAACCCGUUCGAAUUAUCCACAAAGAUCAAGAACAAAUUUCAGCAUUCUGUUUAAAUCUUGUAAAUUCGGGUCUUUUGGCACUAGCCACACCAAGGGAAGUACAAGAGAUGGACAUUUCUCUACUACUAGAGGCCCCCCAUUGGAUGGAAGACGAAUGUGAGAUGGAUAUCAUGAACUUAACAAAAGACAUCGAAACCCUGCCAUCGAGUAACUUCUUGGUGAUACAGACAACAAACGACAAGCAUCUAAUAAAUUCUAACCUCAAUGCGGCACAAAGCUUUGGAACACCAGCUAGCCCACAGCCUGGUAUUGCUGGACAAUCGGGACGUGGAGCUUCUGUGAUUAAAGGAGCGACGUUCCCCGGAAGUCAAUGUCCGCGCUUCUGCAAACUAGUCAUUGAGCGUUCAAAGCACUUACUGAAACCGGUGUUAAAGCAUAAGGUCGACAAUAUCAAACGCAUGAGUGCUCACCCGCUGAUGCCACUUUACCUGACUGGUGGUCAGGACGGUUCGGUACAAAUGUGGGAAUGGGGACACCAACAGGUAGUCUGCACACCACGCCCUCCUGGAACGUUUGCCAAAGUCACCAGAUGUCGUUUCUCGCAGCAUGGCAACAAAUUCGGUAUUGCUGAUGGAGAUGGUAACCUGAGUCUGUGGCAGGUUGGAUUAGCUAGUCAAAGCAAUAGACCUUUCUUUACUUAUCAAUGCCAUAAUAAGGGAAUAACAGAUUUCGUUUUCCUCGGUUCCUGCAGUCUGGUAGCAACUGCUGGACACAGUUCAGAAAGUAAAAAUGUAGCAAUAUGGGAUACGCUGUUGCCCCAAAAAAAGGCACUAGUAUCAGCUUUCACUUGUCACGAUCAAGGAGCAUCUAGUCUGGCAUAUGCGCCACAACAUCAACUGCUAAUAUCGGCCGGCAAGAAAGGCGAUGUAUGUAUAUUCGAUGUUCGACAACGUGUUUUAAGACACCGAUUCCAGGCUCACGAAAACCCAAUUAAAUGUCUAGCAAUUGAUCCUCAUGAGGAACAUUUCGUUACUGGAUCAGCAGAUGGUGAUAUAAAGGUAUGGGGUUUGACGGUCCAUACGUUGCUGUACAGUUUUAUGGGUGAACAUGCUCGCAGCAGUUUUUUCAAACACAUCGGCCAGGGUGUGACGCAACUACAAAUAGACUCGUGCGGUCGAUUGUUUUCCUGUGGCGCCGACGGAUCUAUGAAAGUACGACAACUUCCAGAUCGGGAGUCAAUCAUCCAUUCGCUGUAUUAAGAAUGUUUAGUCCACUUCAAACGUCGUAAUCGAUAGGAUAAAUUAUAUUCUGUCAAACUAUGGUCGAGCUGGAUAUGAAUACAGGACGUUGGGAGGGAAAUACGGAGAAUAUGUGUCUACAUUUUAGGAAAUUGAAAAAGUCCCCUGUAAGUAAGUGUUAUCAUAAUCGUAAUCAAAAAUAUUGAAACAAAAUCACACCUACACGUAACAUCAAAUAUUGAUAGAUUUUACCCUCGGAAGUAUAUAGAAAACGUUAGGAGCAUACACUAAACUACACAUUUUCAACAUUUGAAUUCUUAUCACAAUACAAAUAAAAACAUACAACUUUUGAACAAACCUCACAUUUAAUGUUUCCUAUCAAGUACUACUGAAAGCUCUAACAAUGAAACAUCAUCUAAAAUCAGAUGAAAAAUUCUUACUGCAGACAAUACCCAUGUUUAGACGUAUUAUCUUUAAAAAAUCAAAGUAAAUACCAAAAAGUGCGUGAAGAUAUCAACAUAAUCGUACCCCAAAAAAGAUAGGUGAACUAUAAGGUUAUGAAAUGAUCCAAAAAAAAAAAAAAACUAACGAAAAUAAUAGAUAGAAGAUAAACUGUAAAAACAAGUUUACCUUUAAUACUAAACAAGAAAAAUGAUGGUUUAAACUCAUACUACUGUAGUUUACAUAUUGCUUUAAAAUGAAUAUCGUUCGUAUUGUGUGCGAGUUUGAUUUAUUCCUGUUGAAAUCUAUACCCGUCUUUGCUCUUGCCUCCGUCAUGAUAAUCAUUUAUGGUUAUAACCGAAAUAAGGUUCCCAGAAGAAAGCAAAACGAGUUAUUGUUAUACUGUUGUUGGUUUUUACGAAUCAAACGAAAAAUCGAAUAAUAAAUGAAAGCAGAACCUUUGAAUAUAGAUCGAACCUUAACACCUUACAAAUCUGUGGCCGUUCGAAAAAUUAUAGCAACAAUAUUCGUUACGUGAAAUCCACCUAUUUACAAUAAUCGUUACAAACAAAACAGUAAAUAUUAACGAAAGCGUCAUCUAUUAAAUAACCAUAUGGUAUAUAAAAAGAAUGCAACAAAUGAAAGCUAGGGAAAAUUUUAUUUAUUUAUGAAUAAAUGUUUAUCGUUGAAA